CGGGGCGUGAUGGCGGAGGAGGCGCGCUCGCUGGAGCUGCGGGCGGCUAUCGGCUUCAACGGGCAUGUACCCUUCGGCCUCAUCUGCCACCCCAAUAAGCAGCACAUACUCUAUCCCCUGGGCUGUACUGUUGUUGUUCAGGACCUUGACAGCAAGAAGCAGGUUUUCUUGCACGGCCACACCAACAACGUCUCCUGCGUUGUUGUAUCUAGGGAUGGAGUAUACGUCGCUUCUGGAGAAGUGGCUUUCAUGGGCUUCACGGCAGACAUCAUCCUGUGGCAUUUCCAGAGGAAGGAGUUACUUGCUCGGCUAUCACUUCACAAGGGCAGGGUUGAAGGACUGGCAUUUUCUCCCAACAAUCUGUAUCUGAUCUCGCUGGGAGGACAGGAUGACGGCAGUGUAGUUGUGUGGCACGUUGACCAGAGGGAGGCCAUCUGCGGGAGCCCUGCCUCGGCACAGAACUCAGGGAACGCGACCGUCGUGGUGUGCUCCAGCUGCAGAGAUGAGAUGUUUGUCACUGCUGGAAAUAACACUAUUCGAGUGUGGGAACUGGAUCUACCCAACAGGAAGAUCCGCCCCGCUGAAUGCCGGACAGGGCACCUGAGGAGAGUGGUCACCUGUGUGAAGAUGGCAGAUGAUGAUAGUUAUUUUUAUAUUGGCACAUCAAGUGGUGAUGUCCUGAAAAUGAAUACAAACAACAAGCUGAUGACUGACUUCGGGCCCCAGAAGAAGAUGUUUAGCUUGGGAGUCACAACUCUGGUUUUGCUGAAGACAGGAAAUUCAAUAGUCGGCACCGGAGAAGGGAUUGUAGCUCUCUGUAAAGGCUCAGACUACCGAGUGAUGAAGAAAAUUCAAGUUCAAGGUGGUGUCACUUCCCUGACGUGCAGAGGUCAGGGUCACCAGUUCUUUAUAGGGACAAACAAAUGCCAGAUUUAUCGAGUUAACUACACUGAGUUUAAAGAAGAGCUGAUUGCUGCCUGUCACAAUGAAGCCGUCCACGAUAUUGUUUUUCCUUUUGGAAUUUCUGACUUGUUUGCUACCUGCUCUGGAAAUGAUAUCCGAGUGUGGCACACCCCAGAGAACAGGGAGCUCCUGCGAAUCGUCAUCCCCAACGUGAUCUGCCAUGCCAUUGAGAUUAUGAGGGAUGGCAAGAGCAUCAUUUCAGCUUGGGACGAUGGGACAAUCCGCGCCUUCACACCUGAGACUGGACAGCCAAUGUAUGUGGUGAACCAUGCCCAUAGCUUGGGAGUGACGGCAAUUGCUGCUACAAAUGACUGCAAAUGGAUCAUUAGUGGAGGAGGUGAAGGGCAGGUGAGGGUCUGGGAGAUCCGUGAGAUGACUCAAAAACUGGUGGAGGUUCUGAAGGAGCACGUUUCUGCUGUCUCCUGCAUUAAGGUGAAGAAGGAUGACCGAGAGUGUGUCACAGCCAGCCUCGAUGGAACAUGCAUCAUCUGGGAUAUUGUGCGUUUUGUGAGAAAACAAAUGUUUCUAGCCAACACAUUGUUCAAAUGUGUGUGUUACCAUCCUGAAGAAUACCAGGUCAUCACCAGUGGAACAGACAGAAAGAUUGGAUACUGGGAAGUGUUUGAUGGCUCUGUCAUCAGGGAAGUGGAAGGCUCUGCAUCAGGUUCCAUCAAUGGGAUGGACAUCACAUCAGAUGGGGCAUUCUUUGUCACAGGUGGCGAUGACCAUCUGGUGAAACUGUGGGACUACAAGGGGGGUGCAGUGACUCACGUUGGAGUGGGCCAUAGUGGCAACAUCACCCGUCUCAAGAUCUGCCCUGGGAAGAAGAACAUUGUGAGUGUGAGUGCAGAUGGGGCCAUCCUGAUCUGGAAAUACCCAGACUUGCACUAACAGCUGGCACAGGAGCUGCCAGGCUGCUGCUUCCUUGGCCAUUCCCAGGGAUCCUUUUCUCUUCCAGCUGAGGUUGUUUUAAGCAUUGGUAGUAUUUUUAUACUCUCUGGUAUGUAUUUACCAGAUCCUCUUGCUUUCAUAUGGUC